AUGGCUGCCUAUCUCGCGCAAACCCGCCGAUUGCUCGAACAGUUCAAAACCUACUACAUCCGCCAGAUCCCCAGAUCUGAGAACAGCCACAUCGAUGCUCUUUCUAGGCUCGCUUCGGCAAUCGACGUCCGUGUUGGACGCCACGUCCCCAUAGGGGUUCUCGCUCGGUGGAGCACGACCGAAGUCGAUGUCAACACAGUCCGUAAGGACCCUAGUUGGAUGGACCCAAUCCGCGCCCACCUCACCGACGGCACCCUACCAACUGAAAAAGCCGAAGCAAAUGCAGCGCAGCUACUCCCUGCCGUUGCUGAGAUGUGUUACACCGCAACAAGGAGACUACAUCUUGCGUGA